UGUUUCUGAAAUUGAAAGUAAAAGUAAGACACAUCUUCAUUUCUGUCCGGGUGUCGCUUUAAGGAUGAGCCGAGGCUCCAGUGCUGGCUUUGACCGUCACAUCACUAUCUUUUCACCCGAGGGGAGACUCUACCAAGUCGAGUAUGCCUUCAAAGCUAUAAACCAGAGUGGCCUCACGACAGUGGCCUUGAGAGGGAAGGAUUCGGUUGUUGUCGUGACACAGAAGAAAGUGGCGGACAAGCUCAUUGAUGCUAGCACAGUCACAAACAUUUAUCGACUGACAGACAAGAUCGGCUGUGUCAUGACUGGUCUGCUAGCGGAUUGCCACUCUCAGGUUCAGAGAGCUCGCUAUGAAGCUAGCAAGUGGAAGUACAAGUAUGGAUAUGACAUCCCGAUGGACAUGUUAUGCAAGCGGAUGGCCAACAUCUCCCAGGUUUACACUCAGAAUGCAGAAAUGAGGCCUUUGGGAUGUUGUAUGAUCAUGUUAGCAAUUGAUGACGAACGCGGACCCCAGCUGUACAAGUCCGACCCUGCUGGUUACUACUGUGGGUUCAAGGCCACCAGCGCAGGGGUCAAACAAGUUGAAGCCAACAGUUACUUGGAGAAGAAGAUUAAAAAGAAGCCAGACCUGACUUACAAGGCCACAAUAGAGCUCGCUAUUUCCUGUCUGUCCACUGUCUUGGCGCAUGACAUGAAAGCCAAGGAGAUAGAGGUUGGGGUGGUCACUGUGGACAAUCCCAAGUUCAGGAGCCUCUGUGAGACAGAGAUUGAAAAGCAUCUAGUGGACAUUGCAGAGAGAGAAUAACUCCUUCAUCGAUCACAAGAAAACUGCAUUGAAACAAAACUCUAUGAACUUAGGAAAGUAGGAAGACAAAUCCGGGGAGAUUUGCCCUUGAAGAAAGGAAAUUAGGUCAGGAUGUUAAAAAAAAUCCUCCAUUCCUCAUUCUUUUAACCCACUUAAGACUCCGUUUGGGUAUAAAAGUCCUAGCAAUUCAAAAAAUGUUUGCUGUAACUUUUGUAAGGGAAGAAUUGAUGUCCAAUGGAUACAAUACUCAGCACAGCUCAUAAUAAAAAUGGGAAUUAAUAUG